AUGUUGGCCGAAGAACGAAGGUCAUUGUAUCAGCAGAGGAAAUCUGAGACACUAAGCCCAAUAGAGCUCAACACAGAAGAGAGACGAAAGAGUUUACAGCAAUGGCAGGAGAAGUGGGACAACUCGUCGAACGGAAGAUGGACUCAUCGACUGAUCCCACAGUGUCCAGUUUGCACCGAAGUCGACGAAGCCGCGGAGCAUAUGUUUUUGAGAUGCCCCCGCUUCAGCGAGAAGCGGCAUGUUUGGGAAUCUGACCUUCGAAGGGAGGUCUUACCUGAAACCAUGGUGGAAGCUAUGCUGUCAUCGCAGGCAGCCUGGGACACAACGAGUAACUUUGCGGCGGCAGUCAUUAAGGAACUCAGAAGGGAAGAACGUGAGCGCAAAGCUACAGCAUAA